AUGGAAGCAGUCAUCAUCUUAUCUUCGAUUACGUUCGUUAUUGCGGUGGGAGCUGUCAUCAUACAGGGGCGAUACCGAAUCCACCUGCAUGUCACAUCAAAAACUAUGACUCCUCCACGGAGUUUGGACCUGGAGAUAUUCGAUCCUGACGAAAGCACACACGUUCAACCGCCGCCGAAGCUGCAUCGCCAUUCACGAUUGGGGAGCAGAAAUUCGAGGUGGCCAGGAUAUACUGAGCGACGGGGUCCACCAUCGCGAAUAAUGGCGGACCAUUUUACGUCCUAUCGUGUGCCUGAUGCAGAGACAGGAACUAGUAUCCAUCAUUUCCCGCAUCCGCCCCCGAAUCUCCCAGCCACAUUUACGGCCCCAGUUGCACGAGCCACAACACCCUCACCAGCCACUGAAAUUACCCCGCCUGAGGCACCGACCGCAAAUCCCACAUGA